AUGGAAUUGCUGGUCGGAGCUGACGUUCGGAAGCUGGUCGGUGUCUGGAUUGAUGCCGGAUCCAGAUAUGAGAUCCUAGCGAAUAAUGGUACUGCACAUUUUCUCGCACAUAUGGCUUUCAAGGUCUCUUUACCGAAGCAGCUGAAUGCAUGUCUGCAACUCUAUGAGGAAUUUUUUAAGACUCGCGGCAUACGGGUCACAAGCUUCAGUGGCAACCACGACUUGUGCGACAAAGAGUUGAAAGUAUCGUUAUUCCAAGCAAUAGUGUUACUUCUUUUCAAUGAUCAACCAUCUUGGACAGUUGCCGACAUCAUGAUGGCCACAAAACUAGCCAUUGUGCAUGUUAUGAAGACACGCAAAAAGCUCAACCAUAAACUGCUGAUCUCAGAAUUAUUCGCACAGCUUAGAUUCCCGGUUCGAGCAGCAGAUUUGAAAAAACGAAUAGGCUCGCUUAUAGAGAGAGAUUAUCUACACCGAUUUGAUAAAGAUCCAAAUUCGUAUCAAUACGUAGCUUAG